UGCGACUAUAAAGUUUGAGAAGAUGGGACGCGCAAAGAAGGCUAAGAAUAAGUCCAAAGGCAGACCCAAAGACAAGCCUAAGGGUAAGCCCAAGGUUAAACUGCAGGUCAAACCUGCAGUAGAAGACCAGGCAGCGCCUGCAAAUAAGCCUGAAGACAAGCCAAUACUUCCGAAAACACCGUCGCCGCAAGAAACCCGCAGCAAGAGGACCCCUUACAAGGGAGUUCUUCUUCCCCAUCCAGGGGAAUUACGGUUUGCGCCGCCGCCGCCAUCGCCACCUGCAACAAGUCCUUUGGCCGCGGAACCGUCAGAGCUUGGUGGAAGGUCAGAAGAUACUUCGUUACACCGAUACCAACAAAGACACCGAAAGCGAGGAGGUAUCGAACAGUCCAUAAUGAUCCGAAGGAGACUUGAAGACGAGAUGAGAAAGAGGCAAGACGAAGAAGAAAGGCAGGAGGAGGAAGAGGAAAACCGAAUAAGAACCGCCCGAGUCGCCCAGGCCGCCAUUAUUCCUCUCCCGGGACCUCGAAUUUGCCGAUUCUGUGGUGUCACUUUUGAUCCUAGGGCCAACAACGCCUGUCCUAACCACCAAAGUAAGGAAAUUGCAUGUUGUUUAUUUAUUAUUUAUUGAGUACUAGCUGACGUUGUAUAUACUUAGUUCACUAUGGAGAAUUGCAGUACGCAUUCACAUCAACUAAGAAUCGGUGGACGAUGGAAGAGGAUAUUCAAGUUAAGGAAAAAUGGACAUGUUGUCAUAAAGAGAGCCAGGAUAGCCCGGGAUGUGCGUAGGGAGUACAUCA